UUCUCCAGAGCCUCUCACAUUCAGUUUGAGAUCAUCUGGCAACAUGUCUGAACUAACUCUUUUCCUGGAUCUGCUCUCCCAGCCCUGCCGAUCCGUUUAUAUCUUCGCAAAGGCAAAUAAUAUUCCUUUCAAAUACCAGGAGGUGCGACUCUUUAAAGGGGAAACGAUGGCUGAAGAUUUUGGUAAGGUGAAUCCACUCCGUAAGGUACCAGCUCUCAAGGAUGGAGACUUCACAAUGUCGGAGAGCACUGCCAUGCUCCUUUAUCUAGCUAACAAGUAUAAGACCCCAGAUCAUUGGUAUCCGUCAGACCUCCAGAAACGUGCUCGUGUAGAUGAGUAUCUCGCUUGGCAGCAUACGAAUACUCGUCCACAUGGGUCCAAACUCUUUUGGAUCAAGGCCAUGACCCUGUUUCUUCUUGGUCAUGAAGCCCCUCCUGAGAAGUUAAAUCCUGCUCUUUGUGAGUUUAAUGCCACUUUGACAGCUAUUCAAGAUAAGUUCCUGCAGGACAAACUAUUCUUUGUUGGAGAUGAGAUCUCCAUUGCAGACUUGGUGGCUAUUGUAGAGAUUAUGCAGCCAGUUGGGGCUGGAAUUGAUGUCUUUGAGGACAAACCCAAAUUGGCAGCUUGGAAGCAAAGAGUGGAAGAAGCAAUUGGAGCAGAUUUGUUCAAAGAGGCACAUGAGGGAAUACGGGGAGCCAAGGACAUGCAGAGUCAACUACUCCCUCCAGAGCUCAAAGAGCGACUUAAAGCCAGAUUAGAAUAUUUCUCUCGCUGAUAAAGCCACUCCAAGGGAAACAAGUUAAACUCUAACUCUCUAUCUGUUGUAGACAUGCUGAAUAAGCUAUAAAAAUUGUUGUGGAGGUUACCUCACACCGGCAUAAAUGACUGGCAUUUUUAAAUAAAAAUCUAUAUGCUCAAGAAGA